AUGUUCAUCCUAACCAAGAUUGCGGAUCUGGUCGAAAUCGCACCAGAAGACUUCCGCAAGAAGAGCAAAGCCGCCAUUGAGGACAACAUUAAUGCGAAGUACGCCAACAAGGUCAUACAGAAAAUUGGUCUUUGCAUCUGCCUCUACGAUCUUCUGUGGACUUCUGAGGGCCUCAUCGGCCAUGGCACAGGCCUCGUCAACGUCAAUGUGGAGUUCAGACUCGUCGUCUUCAGACCCUUCAAGGGCGAAGUCAUGAUUGGAAGAAUUAGAAGUUCGACGCCGGCCGGCAUCAACCUGAGAACCGACUUCUUUGACGAUAUCUUCAUCCCCUUUGAUGAGCUUCCCGAAGGUGCCGAGUUCAACCACUCAGAGCAGCUAUGGAUCUGGAACAUUGAGGACGACAGACUCUUCUAUGAUAAUCACGAAAUGGUCAGAUUCCAGGUCAUCGAUGAAGAGUGGCACGACCAGACACCUGCAGGACCAAGCCAGGGCGAAGAGGCUGCUCCGCCAAAGCCGCCGUACAAGGUGAAGGGCACCAUGGCCAUGGAGGGUCUCGGCGUAUGCCUCUGGUGGGACGGACAGGGCGGCGAAUAG